GCGCGGGGAGACGGACGGACGGACAGACAAACCGCAGCACCCCUUCUCCUUCUUCCUUCCCUUCCUUCACCUCCCUUUCUCUCCUCCUCUUCCCACCAUCCAUCUAUCUAUCCAUCAUCCCCCCCGCCAACCCCUCCCAAUGCUGAAGAGUUUCAACCCGGCGGGGCUGGAGUGAAGAAGGGAAGGGCGGAAGGGAGGAGAAGAGCGGAGCUCCGCGCAAUUCACAGCUGCUCCAGGGAGGGGGGAGCGGCCUCGCUAUUAUUUAACAGAGAAGAAAAAAAAUAUUUAAAGGAAAAAAAAAAGAAGAGACGGGAAAAUGGCGAACGAUUCUCCUGCAAAAAGUCUGGUGGAUAUCGACCUUUCCUCCCUGCGGGACCCCGCUGGGAUUUUUGAACUGGUGGAAGUGGUUGGCAAUGGCACGUACGGGCAAGUCUACAAGGGUCGCCAUGUCAAAACGGGUCAGCUGGCAGCCAUCAAGGUCAUGGAUGUUACUGAGGAUGAAGAAGAAGAAAUCAAGCUGGAGAUUAAUAUGCUAAAGAAAUAUUCUCAUCAUAGAAAUAUUGCAACUUAUUAUGGUGCUUUCAUUAAGAAAAGUCCUCCAGGACAUGAUGACCAACUGUGGCUUGUUAUGGAGUUUUGUGGAGCUGGCUCUAUCACAGACCUUGUGAAGAACACAAAAGGGAAUACCCUGAAAGAAGACUGGAUAGCCUAUAUCUCCAGAGAGAUUCUCCGGGGGUUGGCACAUCUUCAUGCCCAUCAUGUGAUUCACAGGGAUAUCAAAGGGCAAAAUGUGUUAUUAACAGAGAACGCAGAAGUGAAACUUGUGGAUUUUGGUGUGAGUGCUCAGCUGGACAGGACAGUUGGCAGGAGAAACACUUUCAUUGGGACUCCCUACUGGAUGGCUCCAGAAGUUAUUGCCUGUGAUGAGAAUCCAGAUGCUACAUAUGAUUACAGAAGUGACCUUUGGUCCUGCGGCAUUACGGCCAUAGAGAUGGCAGAAGGAGCUCCCCCACUUUGUGACAUGCACCCCAUGAGGGCACUCUUUCUGAUACCCAGGAACCCUCCCCCACGGUUAAAAUCCAAGAAAUGGUCAAAAAAGUUUUUCAGCUUUAUAGAAGGUUGUCUAGUGAAGAAUUACAUGCAGCGACCUUCUACAGAACAGCUGUUGAAACAUCCCUUUAUACGUGACCAGCCAAAUGAAAGGCAAGUCCGAAUCCAGCUUAAGGACCAUAUAGACAGGACCAGGAAGAAGAGAGGAGAGAAAGAUGAGACGGAGUAUGAAUAUAGUGGAAGUGAGGAAGAAGAGGAGGAAGUGCCUGAACAAGAAGGAGAGCCAAGUUCCAUUGUCAAUGUGCCUGGAGAAUCAACCCUCCGACGUGAUUUCCUGAGACUGCAGCAGGAAAACAAGGAACGGUCCGAGGCCCUUCGGAGGCAGCAGCUGCUGCAGGAGCAGCAGCUCCGUGAGCAGGAGGAGUACAAGAGGCAGCUGCUGGCAGAGAGGCAGAAACGCAUCGAGCAGCAGAAGGAGCAGAGGAGGCGGCUAGAAGAGCAACAAAGAAGAGAAAGGGAAGCUCGAAGGCAACAAGAGCGUGAGCAAAGGCGGAGAGAACAGGAGGAAAAAAGACGUCUGGAAGAAAUGGAGAGGAGGCGUAAGGAGGAGGAAGAGAGAAGAAGAGCAGAGGAGGAAAAGAGGAGGGUAGAAAGGGAGCAGGAGUAUAUCAGGCGACAGCUAGAAGAGGAGCAGCGGCACUUGGAAAUUCUACAGCAGCAGCUGCUCCAGGAGCAGGCCAUGUUACUGGAAUACAGAUGGCGAGAGAUGGAGGAGCACCGGCAGGCAGAGCGACUCCAGCGGCAGCUGCAGCAGGAGCAAGCCUACCUCCUGUCACUGCAGCACGACCACAGGCGGCAGCAGCAGCAGCAACAGCAGCAGCAGCAACAGCAGCAGCAGCAAGAAAGAAAUAAACAAAGUUAUCAUACCCCUGAGCCAAAAUCCCACUAUGAACCUGCUGAAAGAGCACGUGAGGUGGAGGAGAGAUUUAGAAAAACUAAUCAGGGCUCCCCUGAAGCACAGUCUAAACAGAUGGGCAAAGUGUUGGAGCCACCAGUGCCUUCAAGAUCAGAGUCCUUUUCCAAUGGAAACUCAGAACCUGCUCAGCCUGCCCUGCAGAGGCCAAUGGAGCCCCAGGUACAGUGGUCCCAUCUGGCAUCUCUCAAGAACAAUGUUUCCCCUGUCUCGCGAUCCCAUUCCUUCAGUGACCCUUCUCCCAAAUUUGCUCAUCACCAUCUUCGUUCCCAGGACCCAUAUCCACCUUCACGCAGUGAAGUGCUUAAUCAGAGUUCUGACUCUAAGUCGGAGGUACCCGACCCCACCCAAAAGGCUUGGGCUAGAUCAGACAGUGACGAGGUGCCUCCAAGGGUACCUGUGAGAACAACGUCCCGAUCACCAGUCCUGUCCCGCCGUGAUUCCCCACUGCAGGGCACUGGCCAGCAAAAUAACCAAGCAGGUCAAAGGAAUUCCACGAGCAAUAUAGAGCCUCGUCUGCUGUGGGAAAGGGUGGAGAAGCUUGUACCAAGGCCAGGCAGUGGCAGUUCUUCUGGCUCAAGCAACUCUGGCUCACAACCUGGCUCCCACCCUGGCUCUCAGAGCGGGUCUGGAGAGCGGUUCAGGAUGAGAUCAUCAUCCAAAUCAGAGGGUUCGCCAUCACAGCGCCACGAAAGUGCACCUAAAAAGCCUGAAGAGAAAAAGGAAGUCUUCAGACCUAUCAAGCCUGCUGAUUUAACUGCACUGGCGAAGGAGCUGCGAGCCGUAGAGGAUGUGCGACCUCCACAUAAAGUAACGGAUUACUCAUCCUCGAGUGAGGAGUCAGGGACAACAGAUGAGGAAGAUGAUGAUAUGGAACAAGAAGGAGCAGAUGAAUCUACUUCUGGACCUGAUGAUGUCCGAGCAGUGUCAACGUUGAACUUGAGCAAUGGUGAAACAGAGUCAGUAAAAACCAUGAUUGUCCAUGAUGAUGUGGAGAGUGAACCUGCCUUGACUCCUUCUAAGGAGGGCACCUUAAUUGUUCGACAGAGUACAGUUGACAAAAAGCGUGCCAGCCAUCAUGAGAGCAAUGGCUUUGCCGGUCGCAUUCACCUCUUGCCAGAUCUCUUACAGCAAAGCCAUUCCUCCUCCACUUCCUCCACCUCCUCCUCCCCAUCCUCCAGCCAGCCGACACCCACCAUGUCCCCACAGACACCCCAGGACAAGCUAACUACUAAUGAGACUCAGUCCGCUAGUAACACACUCCAGAAACACAAAUCUUCCUCCUCCUUUACACCUUUUAUAGACCCCAGAUUACUACAGAUUUCUCCAUCUAGUGGGACAACUGUGACUUCUGUGGUAGGAUUUUCUAGUGAAGCAAUGAGAUCAGAGGCAAUAAGGCAAGACCCUACCCGGAAAGGAUCAGUUGUCAAUGUGAACCCCACAAACACACGGCCACAGAGCGACACCCCAGAGAUUCGCAAAUACAAGAAGAGAUUCAAUUCCGAGAUCCUGUGUGCGGCCUUAUGGGGAGUGAACUUGUUGGUGGGCACUGAAAGUGGUCUGAUGCUGCUAGACAGAAGCGGGCAGGGGAAGGUUUAUCCACUCAUCAAUCGAAGACGAUUCCAGCAAAUGGAUGUACUUGAAGGGCUGAAUGUCUUGGUGACAAUUUCUGGUAAGAAGAACAAGUUGCGAGUUUACUAUUUGUCGUGGUUAAGAAAUAAAAUCCUGCACAAUGAUCCUGAGGUAGAAAAGAAACAGGGCUGGACAACGGUGGGCGACUUGGAAGGCUGUGUGCACUAUAAAGUUGUAAAAUAUGAAAGAAUCAAGUUCUUGGUAAUUGCAUUGAAGAGUUCUGUGGAAGUCUAUGCAUGGGCACCAAAGCCAUACCAUAAAUUUAUGGCCUUUAAGUCAUUUGGAGAAUUGGUACAUAAGCCAUUGCUGGUGGAUCUCACUGUAGAAGAGGGUCAGAGACUAAAAGUGAUCUAUGGCUCCUGCGCUGGCUUCCAUGCUGUGGAUGUGGAUUCAGGAUCGGUCUAUGAUAUUUAUCUACCAACACAUAUCCAGAGUAGUAUCCAACCUCACGCAAUCAUCAUCCUCCCAAACACGGAUGGGAUGGAGCUGCUGGUCUGCUACGAGGAUGAAGGAGUUUAUGUCAACACAUAUGGAAGGAUAACCAAGGAUGUGGUUCUGCAGUGGGGAGAAAUGCCAACUUCAGUUGCAUACAUCCGAUCUAACCAGAUCAUGGGCUGGGGAGAAAAAGCAAUCGAAAUACGGUCGGUGGAAACUGGACACUUGGAUGGUGUGUUCAUGCACAAAAGGGCACAAAGACUCAAAUUCUUAUGUGAACGCAACGACAAGGUUUUCUUUGCCUCCGUGCGGUCAGGUGGAAGCAGUCAAGUCUAUUUCAUGACCCUUGGCAGGACUUCACUUCUGAGCUGGUAGAAGCAGUGAGAUUUGGAGAGGAAUUGCUGACAUCCAGAGUCUGAGAUCUUCAUAACUUGGAAUUACUUUCAACUGGAGUACAGACCUGCACGAGUGCAGCACUCUGUGUAAAUGUGUGUGCAGGCAUCACUGGUGUUAGGUUUCUUUAUGUUUUUCAACUGAGGCUGCGAGGCAGCUGGUGCUGUAAAGAUAUUGCCAUCAGGUGCUACAAUGUCUUUGAGAUUUGGGAUCACGCUAGAAAGCUACAGGUCUUCUUUUCCCUUCAGCUCCAGUGUUCCUAGGAUUUGAAGGACUCUGUUUGUUAGUGUUAAAACAGAGGAGGGAGGGGGGGGAAACGGAAGAAAAACAAACCAGGCUUACCAUGACCAUGCUGUUUGUUGAGUGGACGGAAGGCAGGCAAGAGAAGGUGAGAAGUGGUGUGUAGAGUGUCAGACUGGCUGAAACAGAGGGCAGAUCUAGUCUAGUAAUGUUAACAAUGUAUUUAAUUGACAUUUCUUUUUUGUAAUGUGACAAUAUGUGGACGAAGAGGAAGGGGCAGGUUUUAAGAAGUUAAUAUUUAUAAAAUGUGAAAGACACAGUGACUAGGAUAACUUCUU